UUAAGAGUGUGUUUUAGAAUAAUAUAAAGUGUAGUUUUAGUAUUAAACCGAAUAGACUUUAUCCUUGUUAAUUUUUAUUAUGACUGAGUUUAAAAUAUUAAGUGAUUCAGAGUUGGAAGUAAACUUGAAAAAGACACCUGAAAAUGUUACAAAUCAAAUUUCAAGACAUAUCUUAAACAAAAAGCAUAAGAUCAAUUAUCAGUAUCUUAUAAUAGAUAAACGUUUUAAUGAUAAUUGCCUGGCUGAAAUAUUCAUGUAUAUUCCAAUAUAUGAAAGACCAAAAAUUGCACUAGUAUGCAAACAAUGGUAUAGAGCCCUUCAUCAUACUUGGCGUAAAGUCAAAACAGUUAAAUUUUCUCAUUGGAAAUAUCGUAGCUAUCAAAAUAUUUUUGAUCGAUUCAAAAAAAUUAAUGGAUUAAGUUUUUUAAAAUCGCUACUUGAUAAUUGUGGUCUUUAUUUAACAGAAUUAGACUUGGUAGGCUAUGAUAAUUCCGACAUAGUGCCUUUUGUUAAUAAAUCUUGUCCAAACGUCGUAAAACUUCGUUUGAGAUUUAAAUUUAUUGAAAAUGAGGAAUUAAGCAAUGCAUUUUCACGUAUGCCUAAACUAAAAAUAUUGAAAAUGAUAUUUCAAAAUACUCUUGGUAUACCUAUGACUGUACUCGACUCAUUGAAAGACGUUGCAGAUACUUUGAGUGAACUUACUCUGGCAUAUUGGAAUGGAUCAUACAGAUCACAAUAUAUACUCCCAGAAUCAUUCACUGUUAUAAUUUCUCAACUUAAAAAUUUACAAAAAAUUGAAAUUACUGGCAUAUGUUUAACCAGAAGUUCAUUUGAACUUAUAAAAAAUGCUAAGAUAGAUCGAUUUAUCGAAGAUUAUUCCUCUAAUAUUUAUCUUGCUCAGAUCAUCGAUUUUGAGGAUCUAAGGAUUCUUUCUUUGUUAGAUUACGAAAUUACAGAUGAUGUUUUAUACACUUUUGCCAAUAGCAUGCCACGUUUAUAUUUAAUGAAUAUAGUAUCAACAUAUGUAACCGAUGUUGGUAUACAAACAAUUACAAGGAUGAGAUCUUUAAGAUAUCUCUAUCUUCACGGUUCUAACCAGCACAUCACCGAUUCUUCAAUCAAAUUACUCAAAAAUUUGGAGAAAUUACGUUUACCAUACAGUAAUAAAAUUACUAAUUCUUCAGUCAUAGAAGUACUUAAAAGAUCACCUUGGAUGAUGUGGUUGUCGAUUAUAAACACAGGUGUAACUCCUAAAUUUUUUAAAAAAGCAUCGAAAAUAACAAAAAAACGUGAAAACUAUUUGGUACUAUGCGUUAAUUUUGAUGAAAAUAUUAGUUCCUCACGAAAAUAUCAAUUACCAUACUUGGGAAUUCAUCACCAUGACACAAAUAUUGAAUUAAAUAUAAAUUUUAAUGGAUGUUGCUCCCAACAACUUGAUUUAGCCUAUGAAUAA